AUGGAGAGAUACAAAUUAGACAAAUUUUACGCCACGUACAGUUCACUACUGAUACUCGCUUGCUCGAUGAAUUUUUAUUACGGAGUUCAGCAAUUUGGAAAAUUUGCCAGACAUCACGUGCCCAUGACUUCGAUAACAACAGCGAUACGAACUGUAGCAAGUUUACUUUGCAUGAUCCACACCAACUUUUGGCGUGCCGUUCGCUCUAAGGAGUUGACGGAAACUCUCAACGAAAUAUCGGAUCAAGAUGUAAUUUUGGAAAAAAUCGGCUGUCGAAUUAAUUACGAGAGCAGUGCUAAAUCAAUUCGAAAAUACAUUUGGACCACCCUCAUCAUUCUGAUGGUUCUCAUGGCUUAUGAAUUUUACAGAUCACCCGUAAAAGAUUUAUCACUUCGCUGGAUUCUUUGGACGGUUCCAUUAACGGCACAAAUUUUGGAUUUGACGAUACUAGUCGUACUCGUUGGCUGGCUCGGAUUAAAGUUUUCUUCUAUAAAUGAGAAACUGAGUAGUGUCGUUACGAGGGCCAAUGCAUCCUCACCAGAGGUUCUAAUCACGUCAGAUGUUUGUGCCGAAAGUUUACGUGCCCUUUCGAAGGCGCAUUUCAAUACUUGUGCAAUUGGCAAACGAGUGAAUUCUCUCUUCAAUUGGAACGUGGUCGUCAGUGUGACGUCUGCUUUCAUAGUGUUGAGCACAACGCUUUAUUACAUAUUCUUCGAAGUCGAACGUCCUGGCAAAACGAACGUGGUUCAAAUCGUUUCCUACAUCCAUUGGGAAUUUAUGCAAAGUGCUCCGACCGUCGUUAUCGUAAUCAUUUGCAAUUGGACGCGUCGUCAGGGAACAUAUGCGGGUAAAUUGAUCCACGAGGUUCGAGUGGAAAAAACGGAUUCACGAAUGUACGACGCCAUCAAAUCCUUUUCUCUACAACUGCAUCAUCAGAAACUCGAAUUUUCUGCCGGUGGAUUAUUCCCACUCAAUUCAGCUCUGUUACAAACGAUGGUCGAAAAAAUAACCACGUAUUUGGUCAUUCUCAUCCAAUUCCAACCAAAUUUAGACGAUCUUGGUGGAUCAACGAGGAAAUGAGGUGAUUAAUGUUCUCGAGAACGAAAUAACAUUUCAACCAUCAAUGUUUUUGUAGAAUCUUGUAGAAGUCAGCAUGAGAAAAAAUG